UAUCAAGGGGGUUGUAUAGCAGGAAUAGGGAUGAGCUUCCGUUCAAAAUCAAACACACUCUUCGCUCUCCUCAGCAAAAAAGCUCGCUCCUUCAUCCGUCUCGCCUCCACUCCCUCCGCCGCCGCCGCCGUCGCCUCCGCCUCUUCAUCCUCCUCCUCAAUCGCCAUGGAAGACGGAGCCCUCGAGACUCUCCAGACCAAGCUCUGCAUCAUCGGAAGCGGCCCAGCCGCCCACACCGCCGCCAUAUACGCGGCUCGGGCCGAGCUUAAGCCGAUCCUCUUCGAGGGCUGGAUGGCCAACGACAUCGCCCCCGGCGGCCAGCUCACCACCACGUCGGACGUCGAAAACUUUCCCGGUUUCCCCGAAGGCAUUCUCGGCGGCGAACUCACCGACCGCUUCCGAAACCAGUCCCUCCGCUUCGGCACCCAAAUCUUCACCGAAACCGUCUCUCGCGUCGCCUUCUCAGGACCUGUCCCUCCUUUCAAGGUCUUCACCGAUUCCAAGCUCGUUCUCGCUGACUCCGUCGUCGUCGCCACCGGCGCCGUCGCCAAGCGUCUCUCCUUCCCUGGAUCCGGCGAAGGCCCCGGCGGCUUCUGGAACCGCGGGAUUUCGGCCUGCGCUGUCUGCGACGGCGCCGCCCCCAUCUUCCGCAACAAGCCUCUUGCGGUGAUCGGCGGCGGCGACUCUGCCAUGGAGGAGGCCACCUUCCUCACUAAGUACGGAUCCGAAGUCUACAUCAUCCACAGGAGAGACACUUUCAGAGCGUCAAAGAUAAUGCAGAAGCGGGCUCUGGAAAACCCAAAAAUUAAAGUGGUGUGGAAUUCUGCGGUGGCCGAGGCCUUCGGAGAGGGAGGGAAGGGAGUGCUGGGAGGCCUGAAGAUCAAGAACCUAGUCACCGGGGACAUUUCCGAGCUGAAGGUGUCGGGGUUGUUUUUUGCCAUCGGGCAUGAACCGGCGACCAAGUUUCUUGGGGGCCAGUUGGAGUUGGAUGCGGAUGGCUAUAUAGUGACGAAGCCAGGGACGACACAGACAAGCGUGCGCGGUGUUUUUGCAGCCGGAGACGUUCAGGACAAGAAGUACAGGCAAGCUGUUACUGCUGCCGGAACCGGGUGCAUGGCAGCAUUAGAAGCAGAGCAUUACUUGCAAGAGAUGGAAUCCCAGGAUGGAAAGAGCAACUGACUAUCUAAGCGAUUCUCUCGGGGCCGGCUCUAAAGCAAAUUUUAAAACGAGUAGUUGGAUGGAUGAACUGAAGAAUGAUUAUUUGAUAUUGUUCAGAAGAGACACAUCAUGUGUUUACUUUUAGUUGAUUAAUGAAUGAUCAUUUCCUUUA